AGAAAAUGGCGACAAUGUCAAGUUGAUACGAAAAUGGGCGUCGUGGUAAAUGAGUAACGUUUUUCUUCCGCAAUGAUAAAUGAUAAUAUUACAUCGAUCAAAUAUGGCAAUUAUCUAGUUUUCUAGUGCUUUGUUCAUAAACAAUAAUCGGUGUUUUCUAAAAAUCGUUUAUGCGCUUGCUGAGAUAAUUCAGGGCGUCGGAACAACUCCAUCACUGCUAUAUAGUUCUUUAUAUUCAAGAAAGAAAGAAUAAAUAACUGAAAUUCUUCAUCGAUCAAAUAUAUACACAACUCAUCAAAAGAAAAAAGAAAAAGCCUUUGCAAAAAUGUCUAAAGAAUAUGAUCAUUUGUUUAAACUGCUCAUGAUAGGAGAUAGUGGUGUAGGAAAAAGUUCCCUGCUGCUUCGAUUUGCGGACAAUACGUUUAGUGGCAGUUAUAUUACAACAAUAGGAGUGGAUUUUAAAAUUCGUACAGUACAAAUUGAUGGGGAACGAGUGAAAUUACAAAUUUGGGAUACCGCAGGUCAGGAGCGUUUUCGAACAAUUACAUCGACAUAUUAUCGAGGUACACAUGGAGUUAUUGUCGUUUACGAUGUGACGAGUGGCGAUACAUUUGCAAACGUUAAAAGAUGGCUACACGAAAUUGAAUACAAUUGCGAACUAGUCAAUAGGAUUUUAGUUGGAAAUAAAAAUGACUCACCAAAUAAUAAAGUUGUCCUCACAGAAGACGCACAACGUUUCGCCAAUCAAAUGGGAAUUCAACUUUUUGAGACUUCCGCUAAAGACAAUAUCAACGUCGAUGAGAUGUUUUCGGAUAUAACCCGACAAGUAUUACGUACGAAAAAAGAGAUGAAAGUACGACAAGCAAUUCAAACCAACGAGACGGUGAAUCUAAGAAAAAGCACCAAACAACAUAGAAAAAAAUGUUGUUAACGAGAUAGCUAAGUACUAGUUUUAUUCAAAAACUAAAUAACAAUUUGUUUUCCGUAUUAGUCAGACGGGCGGUGAAUGCGCAUUUGUUAAUGACAAAAAAAGUUUGCAUCGUUUUUUUUUAUCCGGACGUUUAGAAAAAUUUUUUUUAUCAAAAAAAAAAGAAAAUUAAGACGAUUUUGAAAUUCUUCAAUUUGACGUCUUUCCAAAGAUAUUUAGUAAAUAUUUGUGCAUUUUUCAUAAUUAACGUCUCUCAAAGUGUACUGAAUUUUAUUCUUUUCCACUUUCGACGUUGAGUCGGAACAAAAAAAAACAACAAAAAUUGACUCUCUUUUGUCGGGGGGCAGAAAAAAAUAAGCUUUAGUUUUUAGAUUAUACGCUAAGAUGAUACUAUUUGUAAAAUGUUAUCGACUGCUUUUUAAAUAAUAAAAAAAAGAAAAUAUCUUUAUUAAA